CGAUGGAAAGUCCUUUCCGCUCCCUUCCCCCCUUCCAGCCCUUUGUACUUGGCUCUGCCUGAGCUCCUGGCUGGGGGAUUGGCUUCGCAGCCGGCCCCACUUGGAGAGCGCCUCUCCCCCAGUCUCAGCAAAGCUGACGGCCCUAUGGCAUCUCCCAAACAAGAGGCCCUAGUCCAGGACGAUGAAGCUGAACGAGCGAAGUGUGGCACAUUACGCCACAUGUGACUCUCCGGCAGACCAUGCUGGCUUCCUUCACAAGCGCGUCGAGCGGCACCACCACCAUCACCAUACCACUUCCUACCACCGGCGCUGGUUCAUUCUCAAGGGCAACCUGCUGUUCUAUUUUGAAGAUCGUGACAGUCGGGACCCCCUGGGGCUUGUUGUGCUGGAGGGCUGCACCGUGGAGCUGUGCGAGGCUGCUGAGGAGUUUGCCUUUGCCAUCCGCUUCGAUGAUGCCGGUGCCAAGGCCUACGUGCUGGUGGCUGACAGCCAGGCCACCAUGGAGGCCUGGGUGAAGGCAUUGUCACGAGCCAGCUUUGAUUACAUGCGUUUGGUGGUGAGAGAGCUGGAAAAACAGCUGGAGGAUGCUCGUAAGAGCUUGGCUGCCUGCCGCAAAUCUCCAAGGAAGUUGUCAUCUGGCAGAAAAAGGCAUUUGUCCAAUCCUGCUAUGGCGCCCGUCCAGGAACAACCUCCCAUCUUGGAGAACGGUUAUUCUACAUGGGGCUGUGGUUACAUCCCUGCAGGGGCAUCCUGCUCUGACCACAACGGGGGGUGUUCCAAGCCUCCACCUUUGCCUCCUCGCCGGCGCUUGGCAGCUGGCAGUGGAUGUGGAGCACCCGCCUUUGGCCUUGCUCUGACUGGGCAGGAAAGCCCUGUGUCUCCGGAGACAGUGUGUUUUUCCAAGCUACACAACUGGUAUGGUCAGGAGAUAGCAGAGCUAAGGAGGGAGUGGAUGGAAAGCCAGAGGAGCAAGGAACUGUGAUCUGCAGGAGGCAAGGCAUGGAGUGACACGUAAGCCCAUUCUGAGAGUAUUGUUGCUGUGCUUGG